AUGCCUGUCCGCCUGUCCGCCUGUCCGCCUGUCCGCCUGUCCGCCUGUCCGCCUGUAACUCUGGCGCCGCCACCAGCAUUGGCGCUGCCUCUAGCAUUUGCAUCCUUUGCCCCGGUCCGAGCCCACUCGAGCCAAGACAAGGAUGGCCUCUCAACUCAUAGGGCUCACCCAGAAAUAGAGCCCCGCACGUCACUCGGCCUGCCCCGGGCCACCCCCCCCUCCCCUCUUCAAACAAUUGCUACUACCCACGACAUGCAUGUUGAUCCGACUCUGACGCAUCGUGUGCAGGUGUUCGCAUUGCUCCCCAUCUUGGCGUGCCCUCUGUCCAUACUCGAGUUGCUGCAUUCGUCAAACUCUUAG